AUGAACUCGGCUGCCCUUUACUCAGCCAAACUCAUCGCAGAGUUUGAAAAGCAGGACCUGGAACAACAGGAGCCUAUCCCGAAAUAUCCAUCCGACCAUCCUUUCGGUGCCGACAGACCGGGGCCUUUUGGCGGCGCAGCAGCCGAUCAUCAACUUGACCACCGUAGUGGCGCUCGACUGGACGGCGACACUUUUGGCUCGGGCAGCGGGAUGAGCAACUUUGCAGAUUGGGAUGCCGGGUAUCCCGGCGGUGCGCCUGCCAAUGGCACAGCCGCGCAAUCCACAGAGCUCGUUGCACAUGGCGCAGAGGCCGGCCCUUCGAGCGCCGCCUAUCACCCUCGUGCGCUGACCAAUUACGACUACCCGGGAGGGUGGGGAGCUCAGACCUUCAGCGGCGUCGGCGGAUUGACCCAGGACAGCGCUUCGCGUAUCGCCACUCUCCAAGCCAAGCUCAAUCAGAGGCUCGGUCCCGAAUACCUCUCGCAACGACCUGGGCCAGGCGGCGGCAAGAAGCUCACCUACAUUGAAGGCUGGAAGCUCGUUGACCUGGCCAACGAAGUCUUCGGCUUCAACGGCUGGUCUACCACCAUCGUGCGCCUCGAGGUCGACUAUCUCGACUGCUCGCCCGACGGUACUCGCUUCAAUGCCGGCGUCAGCUGCAUCGUACGAGUUUCGUUGCGAGAUGGUGCUUUUCACGAGGAUGUUGGCUACGGCAGCGCCGAUAACGCGAAACAGAAGCAUGCAGCGCUUGAAAAGGGAAAGAAAGAGGCCGUCACCGAUGCCACAAAACGAGCGCUCAAGAACUUUGGCAAGCUGCUCGGCAAUUGCACUUACGAUCACCAGUACUCGGCCAAUGCGCUCAAGGUGAGCAAUCCCCCGCCCAAGUUUGAUGCUUCCGAGCUGCAUCGUAGACCAGAGCUGCGUCCUGCCCAAGCACCAGCCCCGCAGCCUCCGCCGUCGGUCCAACCAGCAACAGCACCCCCAUCGGCAGCACGAGCGCAACCACCACCGCCAAACAACGUAUCAGCUAGACCACCACCCCCGCAGCCUGCGCAAAGAGCAGCUCCGCCCGCACCCCGAGGCAACGAAACGGCCGCGCACGUACCAGGACGAGCACCAGCAGCACCGGCUGCAACGUCGUUGCAACAGCAAGUGCCAGCAAAUGGCGUUUCAGCGGCCACUCGAGCUGUCAACGGCAACGGCGCUGUCCGCAGCGAGCACCACAGUCCUGCCGAACGAAGCGACGAAACGAAAGACGAAGUGUCCGAGAGGCAGCAACGGUCUAUGCUCGCUCGGCAGGCAUAUCUCGAGCGUCAGCAAGCCGAAGCGCGCAAAGCGGGGUCAGCAGAGACGCAUCAGGUCGUCACAGCUGCCAAUGGCGCACGCCGGCACGCAGCCGAGUCGGAAUUUGGCUCUGACUCGUUCGAUGAGCAACUGACGGACGCGCUCGCCGGCUACGACGAGACCUCGAUGGGCGAUGCGGAAGCAGCCUCGCACGCGCUCGAGAUGGAGAUCGACGAGGCGCAGCGUCGAAGCGGCUCCAACGAUCACGACGAUAGCACCCUCCUGCAUCCGAAUCACAAUGGCGCGGAUGACAGCGGAGUCGCCUUUAUGAGCGGCGAGGAAUCGAUUUUGGUCAAACAAGAGAAAGUCAAAGCACUUGAGAUGCGUCGAUCCACCAGCCCGGUGAAGCAGGUCAAGACGGAAGCAGCUGUGCCGCGUCGAGCCGGGAGCGUGGGGCGGUUCAUCUCCCCGCCGCCUCCGCAAGGUCCAUCGGCUGCUCAGGCUGGUGCGCCUACAGCGACCCUCGUCAACGGAGUUGUCGCGAGAGGCUACACGAGCGGUGCCAAUCUGAUGCGCAACGGCACGACGUCGUUGUCAGCAGCCUCGAUGGGCGCGGGAGUGUCGCGCAAUCCAGCUCCUCGACGAAUGUACUCGACGACAUUGAGCGGAAUCGCAGGCGCCGAGGCGGCGGCGGGUAGCAACAUUGUGGCCGGAAGGGCGACGGGCGAGCCUGUCAAUCACGCCUACGUUCCAGGCGAUGCAAGAGGUGUCAAGCGACCCAGCGAUGCUCUUGCUGCGGCCGACAACGGCCGACCUAUGCCACGGCAGCCAGCAGCAGCAGUCAAUGGCAACGCGCGACAAGCAUGA